AAAGCCGCACGACAUCCUUUUGGACACGUCAGGACACCAGGACACGCCCCAAAAAAAAACCUCAGGGCUACUACACUCGGGAUGAGUUGUGGUGCGUGAACAUGACAGCCUUGUAUGCAUGGGGUGCCAAUAGCCACGGGCAGUUAGGCCUGGGCUAUGUCAGUGAGCAGGUGACUCAACCUACACGAGUAGAUGACCUACCAGACAACAUAAGUGAACCUUCCAUAUGUACAGCAGUUGGUGGGGGAGGUCACACCUUUCUGUUGACAGCUCAGGGACGACUCUUUGGCGCUGGAUGGAACACCAGUGGGCAGGUUGGAGAUGGGACACAAGUACGUGCAGUAGCAGGAUUCCAGCUCAUACGAGGGCUGGAGGGUCAUCACAUGGUAGCUGUGGCUUGUGGCUGGGCCCACUCCAUUGCCCUCAGUAGAUCUGGCCAAGUGUGGGUGUGGGGCUCAAAUAGUCAUGGCCAACUUGGGCUACCAAAGGAUGAGGUGCCUUUUACAAGCCUUCCAAUUUGCUUGGACCUAACGAAUGUGGUGAGCGUGUCAGCCGGCCUGCGCCACACAGCAGUUGCUACAAGGGAUGGGAGAGUGUACACUUGGGGCCAAGGUCACCGGGGCCAGCUAGGUCAUAUUGACAGUGAAGGUCAGAUGGUUAAACUGCAGCCAACACCAAGGGUUGUGGAUCACAUGGAAGGAAAGGUUUCAUGUGUAGCCUGUGGUCAGAAUACUACCUAUGGCUGACUACAGAGGGACAUGUCCUAGCAUGGGGUGACAACAAGUGGGGCCAACUUGCUCAUGAUCCUAGGUUGGAAAAUGUUGUUUUUACAAAACUGCU